CAAAGAUGGCCGCCGAGUGAAAUGACUUGUCUUAAAGGGACUUUGGCGUUAUAUCCCGUUUGUAACGCACCGUGUGUGUAAAUAUAAUUUUUUUUGACCAACGUUUUCCAUUUCUGAUGUCAUUUCCAGUGAGAAAUAUUAAAAUAUUUCCUUAGUUAUCAACAAAGCAGAAGCCUGUCCAAAAUCAGUUUACUUGUAACCUUACCUUUGUUCACAAAUGCUGCCUGCCUGCAGUCUGAUAAGUCAGCUACCUAAGUUUUCGGACGCAGCCAUUGAGUAGACUCGCUCCCUCCCUCUGUCAAAAUCGAGGCGUCGGGGGUAUGUACAAAUAAUCUUCCCUCGCCCACUUGAUGAAGUUGAACGCACUUCAAAAUGGCAGCGGGGAUUCCUCCGAGGUUGCAGUCCAGUGUGCUGGAGUGAAGAUGUACCUGGAGAAUAAGAGUAAUAUUGAGGUGGAGAUGUCUCAAACUGGAGGCCAGGGUCACUCCAGCAGGGUAGGCACCAGAAAGUCUGACACUGUGGCUGGGAACUUUGAUGAGCUUCGCCUGCUGGAGGGAUUCUCUGGUAAAAGAGAGACACAGAAAUUGCUGCAGGCUGCAGCCAUGCCCUCGGGACACUGCAUAAUCUACACUGACGUCCAUCAAGAGGAUAGGCACAGCUUCAGCAUGGUAAACCUCCUGAAAGGCAAAUCCAACCAAGCCAACCACACAGAACGUUCACCUCUUCUCACAUUACCCCAAAAUGACAGUAUAACCUACAUGACGCUGCAUGAGCCCAGCCUGGGGUCUGGAGAGGAAUCAUGGGAGGCUAGCUCUGCUGAAUUGGAGAGGAGGUGCAGGCUUGGCAGUGAGGUGACCAGUCUGUCCCACAUCACAUCCAUGGAGAAAUGUGAACAUUACUUCAAACUGUCAUCCCCCAUCAGAUAUUGCUUAAGGACAACAAAAAUCAUCACCAUCUUCAUCAUUGUUGUUCUCUGUUCACUGUUUUUCAGCAUGUAUCCUGACAGGGAGAGCCCCUGGAGGAUGCUGGCAGUCUCAUCUACUGAGAGUUUCUCCACAAAUCUUACUGAUUUUCGUGACAACUCCCUGCUGAAGCUGCAGGUUGGUGGGCCGUUUUUGGGAGGGAUGGAAGCAGUACAAGAGGCCCAGGAGUAUAUUCUGAUCCAGGUGGAGCAGACUGAGGAGGCGGGGCCUCGCCGGAGAAGAGCUCAGCAGGUGCUUUAUAACUGGACAAUACCAUUGCAUUCCCAACGAAGUGACCAAAUUCUGAGAACAAGGACAUUUGAAAUGGUUAGCAGCACUCCUAUUCUGAUCAGUGUGCAGGCCUUUCUGUUAGACAGUCAGGUGGUCCCUCUGUCCAUGACUCACCAGUCGCUCUAUGUAACCGUGGAAACACAGGUGCUUAUCGCUGGAUUGAUCCUGGCAGGAGUCUAUGUGCUCAUCAUCUUUGAGAUUGUUCACCGCACUCUGGCUGCAAUGUUAGGAUCCCUGGCCGCUCUGGCAGCACUGGCUUUCAUUGGAGAUAGGCCGAGUCUGAUGACUGUUGUGGAAUGGAUUGACUAUGAGACACUUGCCUUGCUGUUUGGAAUGAUGAUACUGGUGGCAAUAUUCUCUGAGACUGGUUUCUUUGAUUACUGUGCAGUCAAGGCGUAUCAGUUAUCGCGAGGAAGAGUAUGGCCCAUGAUUAUCAUUCUUUGUCUAAUUGCGGCCGUUCUAUCAGCCUUUCUUGAUAAUGUGACAACUAUGAUGCUCUUCACCCCUGUUACAAUCAGGUUAUGUGAGGUGCUUAAUCUGGACCCUAGGCAUGUCCUGAUUGCUGAGGUAAUCUUCACCAACAUCGGAGGAGCUGCCACUGCUGUUGGAGAUCCCCCCAAUGUCAUCAUCGUAUCCAACCAGGAUCUGCGUAAAAAAGGGAUUGACUUUGCGUCCUUUACGGGUUACAUGUUCCUGGGAAUCUGUCUGGUGCUGCUGACCUCAUUUCCUUUUUUGAGAAUGCUGUACUGGAAUAAGAAACUUUACAACAAGGAAUCCAGCGAAAUCGUGGAACUGAAGCAUGAGAUUCUGGUGUGGAGGCAGACAGCCCAUCGCAUUAACCCUGCCAGCCGAGAGGAGACUGCCGUCAAGUGUCUUCUCAUGCAAAAGGUGCUCAAUCUGGAAAGCCUUCUGCGCAAGAAGCUCAAGACCUUCCAGAGGCAAAUAUCACAGGAAGACAAAAAUUGGGAACACAAUAUUCAAGAACUGCAAAAAAAGCACAGAAUAACUGACAAAAUCCUCCUGGUCAAGUGUCUGACUGUCCUUGGGGUGGUCAUCUUUAUGUUCUUCCUGAACUCCUUUGUUCCUGCCAUACAUUUGGAUCUGGGUUGGAUCGCUAUCUUGGGAGCUCUGUGGUUACUGGUGCUGGCUGACAUUCAGGACUUCGAGAUCAUACUUCACAGAGUGGAAUGGGCCACUCUGUUGUUCUUUGCUGCUCUGUUUGUGCUUAUGGAGGCCUUAGCCCAGCUGCAGCUCAUCGACUACAUUGGGGAGCAGACAGCGGUGUUGAUAAAAGCAGUGCCAGAGGAUGAGCGGUUGGCCAUCGCCAUCAUUUUGGUCAUGUGGGUCUCAGCGCUGGCCUCCUCUCUUAUAGACAACAUUCCCUUCACCGCCACUAUGAUUCCCGUGCUCAUAAACCUCAGUCAAGAUGCCGAUGUCAACCUGCCAAUCAAACCUCUCAUUUUUGCAUUGGCUAUGGGAGCUUGCCUUGGAGGAAAUGGGACACUGAUUGGAGCAUCUGCAAAUGUAGUGUGUGCUGGGAUUGCUGAACAGCAUGGCUAUGGAUUUUCCUUCAUGGAGUUCUUCAGGUUGGGCUUCCCCAUGAUGCUGAUGACCUGCACGAUAGGCAUGUGCUACCUGCUCGCAACUCACAUCGGACUUGGCUGGAACACAUAAAUGUCCCCUCUACAUGGGGAGCCAGAAAGACUUUUGGUGUGUCUUCAGGAGUGUGGAUGCAUGUCUGUUCUUCUUGGAUGGAUCCUCGACCUUAUUCAUCCUGAGAGACUAAUCUUUACAUGUAGGAGAGGUACAGAGAAGAUAAACUAUGAGAACAUCUGAUCAUCUGCUGUAUUCUUACAGGUGUAUCACACUGCUAUGGUGCUACUGCUGUUUUGUGAUAAUGCUACAAAUGUGACAAGUGAGAGAUUUUUGGAAAACCUGUUUAUAUUUGCCAAAAAAUAUUAAUAAUAAUAAAACAGAAGAUUCUUUUUUUAA